UCUCUAGCCUUCACACCCCAAAAUUCCUCUCGUUCCCUCGCCCCAUUUCUCUUCCUCCUCGUCACGACGCCGUUUCAAGAUCAGUUCAUCCACACCCAUGAAUACAAGGCUUUUCAAUUCAAAGUCAACGCCUUCGAGCCUAAGAGUCUAAACAUUGUUAACAUUGGGCCCUCUUUUCGAUCGCAGUACGAAUCUUUUAGUCCCAAUGUGCAGUUUCCAAUGAUGGAUUUUGAGUUGAGGGGGUCAAAUGCAAUGUUGGAGGAUGAAGCGGGGGAGAGUUUGGCGGACAGAAAGAAGCAAUUGAGGGAUCAGAAACAGUUGGACACCUGCGCUGAGGGUUUUGACGUUGGCAGGCUGAGUAAACUGAUGGGCUCUGAGGCCGCUUACACCGGGGAACUUGAGGAUUUGUAUGAUAAAAUGCUGGCUAAGAUUGAUGGUUUGUCAAAAUUAGUAGAGCAGUCCAAUGCUAAAGUUCUAGAACAGGAGAAUCAUAAUAUGAAGUUGAGGUGCAGAGUUGCUGGCUUAGAAUAAGUUGCGGAUAAUUUCGUGGUGUUGCAUUUUGCUGGUUGAGCUUGGCGACAUACUAUCCUUGCAAUGCUGUUCUGUAAGAUCACCCGAGAUCAACUGGACUGACCUGUGCUCCACCUUGAUGUACAAUAGCUGGUUUUCUUAUUAAUCAGCGUAUUUCUGUAAUGAACCUACUUCAGGAUGGAAAAUAGGAAAAUUGAAAUUGAUGAAAUGAAGUGUUGGUCCUGAUCUUCUUUGUUGUUA